CCUCUUGUAUAAGGUAAGGAGGACUGUCAAAAAGUGUGAAGAAAUUAGCUUACAUUGCUUUGCCUUAGGCAUUAGCUAUAUAUGACACAUCAGGAAUUUAUUUAUUGCUGUCUGUAUUCCAGGAGUUAGCGUCUGUGUUGUUCUACCUGUACUUACAGCAUAUAUAUGGAUUUGAAUAUAUUUUAAUAUUAACAAAGAACGCAACAUACAGAAGAACACUGAAUGUGCAAAAGAAUCAAGAAGACUUGAUUUAAGUUUUUACUGCAGAACAAGUAUAUAUUUUGGUGAUAUUCUGUGGAAUCAAAUAUACUUUCAUGGUGGAGAAAGUGACCAUUUUUAACAACCAGCAGGUCUCAUUUCAGGAGGUAGAGAACAACAAAAGUUAUAUUAGAUGGUGGAGACGUCCAAAGAAUGUCAUCAUCUGUGGCAUUUUGCUGGUCCUUAUCAUCACUGCUGGAAUGUACACUAUUUACUCUGUCUGGAUAUGCAGAAAAGAACCACCUACUUGUCAGACUGAGGCAUGCCAGACAGUAUCAGCACAACUUCUCCGGAACCUGAAUCAAUCUAUGGACCCCUGUGAGGACUUCUUCAGUUUCAGCUGUGGAAAAUGGGUCUCAGCCCAUCCUGUACCACCUGGCAAACAAAAGAUCACUGUAUAUGAUUCAGUAUGGGAGAACAACCAGGAAAUCCUGAAGAUGCUACUUGAAGAGCCAGAUGCGAUAAGGACCUCUGCAGAGGAAAAGGCAGUAAAAUUCUAUAGAUCUUGCAUGAACACAAGAAGAAUAGAGGAGCUGGGUUCAGAGCCCAUAGCUGAUCUCAUUGAAAAGGUAGGAGGAUGGAGCCUUUCAGGGCACUGGAAUAAGUCUGAUUUGAAUCACACACUUAUGGCACUGAUGAGAGACUACCAAACUUUUCCCUUCUUCACAGUCUACACAGGAUCAAACCCUUUGGAUCCUCACAGCAGCAUCAUUCAGAUUGACCAGCCGGAGUUUUGGAUGUUGAGUCAGAAUAAGGAUAAAAACUAUGCAGAGACUCUUAGGGUCAUCGUGCAGUAUUUGCAGAGCCUCGCAGAACUUGCAGGGAAGGAAAAGGGUGUUGCUGAACGGUAUGUUCAUGUAGUCUUUGCAUAUGCCUCUAUAAUUGAGAGGCUAGCAACAUCACGGCAAAUACGAAUUGAAGAAAAGAUGCUUUUCCAGAUGAAAACUAUUCAGGAUCUUCAGAAAGAGGCACCUUUUUUUGAUUGGCUGGCCUACCUCAAUGCACUCUUCUAUCCCAUCCAGCUGAAUGAAUUACAACCAGUCUACAUACAUGAUCUUCCUUAUAUAAAGAGCAUGUCAACGCACGUUCAAAAAUCCCAUUACUAUUUAACAAAUAUCUAUAUGAUCCUGUAUCUGAUUCACAAACUUGCACCCUCUUUGGACAGUCGCUAUGGGAAGGCAAUACAGAAACUAAUGGUACAGUUGAGUGACACAGAAAUGGUGAGUUUGUAUGCAGACUAA